AAAGCGCUUUCCUAACUCAACCACAUACACCUCACCCUCUUCCACUACAAAGGAACGCCCAGACAACAGCAGCGCGCUCCGUCUCUCACACCACAAAACAAAAAACAGGCUCACACGGGAAUUCGAGGCGUGGGGUCCACAUGGGCGCGUACACGUCGCGGCCGGCCUCGUGCCUGCAGGACGUCUGGCGGGACGAGUGGGAGAAGACGCUGACUGUCGCACGGAUGCGCCUCGAGCACGACGCCCGGUCGCUCGCUCACCCGCACCAGCAACAGCAACAGCAACAGAGCCAGCAACAACAGAGCAGUCAGCAGCUGAAUCAGCAGCAUCAGCAUGGUCUGGCUGCGUCCGCGUCGUCGCCGUCCUCAUCGCUCGGCUCGACUUUGCUGUCAACGAACGGAGCUGCUUCUGCUGCUGCUGCUGCUGCUGCUGCUGCUGCUGCUGCUGCUGCUGCUGCUGCUGCUGCGACGACGACUGCGACUGCCGCCUUGUCAAUAGCAUCAUCGCCGUCGACAUCUGGGUUGACGAGCAAUGGAAGCAGCGGCGCAACGGCAUCCGCUGCUUCUGCUUCUGCUGCUGCUGCUUCUGCUGCUUCGAAUGGAACUGCUACUGCAGCUACUGCUGCUACUGCUGCUGCUGCCCCUGCGCCUUCGCCGUCGAGCGCUGGCAGUGUUGGCACGCUACGCAGGACGCCAACCGCUGGCUCUGUCCUUCCAUCUGCAAUGGCAAGUCCAGGCGCAAUGCAGACGUCGCCCUCUUCAUCUGCGAAUGCUGCUGCUGCUGCUGCUGCUCAAGUGGGCACGAACGGCGUCUCGCCAUCAUCCACACGACCGUCCAGCAUCGGACUGCCUUCCUCCCUGUCCAAGCCGGACCUUGCUUCUCUCGCUGCAGGCAGCGGGUUGCAUGGAUCGGCGGCGCUCUCCUCGUCCUCGGGAAACCUGACCACAGUUGGCAACUCCACUCCCAAUCCCAACCCUAGCGGUAACAGUAAUAGCAACGGUAACGGAAACAGCACCUUGCACAAUAAUCAUAGCAACAGCACGUCCGGUGUGAUGAGCACGGCAAGCAAGUUUGGCGCGGUUGGCGGCGGCUUCAAGUCGUCUUCUUCUUCUGCUUCUUCGUCGUCGUCGUCGUCGUCGUCAAGCUCUGCCGCCUCUGCAAUCCCAUCGCAGCCGAAUGGUCCUGUAGCAGGGUCGCCGGUCUCUACACCAACCCAUCGACACUCGUUCGUGGGCAAGGAUGCUCGAGAUCGUGAGGGCGCUCCGUCCUUGUCCAGCUCCUCGUCCACCUCGUCUCUCGCCAGCAUUGCUGGUGUGACCGGACCCGCUGCUGCGCCAUCCGGGACGGGCGACUUUUCCGAUAUCAUUGCUGCUUGCCUUGGAUUGCCGCCAGGCUCAACGUGGGCCGAUGCUGCCGCUUCUGCGGCAGCAGGAGGAAACGCGGUGAUUAACAUUGACGCGCUAGAAUCCAUCGCCAACGAAACCACGUGCAACACCCGCAUCGUUGACACUGGAUUGACGCCUCUCCACUUGCUAUGUCGAGCCAGCUUUGCAGCUCUGCCACCGGCUGCGCAGCAGCCUUCCAGCUGGUCUGUCGUGCAGCCGCCUUCCGCCAUCACAACCACCACAGCCCAAACAGCAAGUCCGGCGCAUGCCACCCACUCACCCGUGCUCACAAAGAAGGCUGCCGUCGGUCCCACAGCAGCCUCCCAAGGUGCCGCUUCCGCAGGGUCAGGAUUGACUUCGUCGAAAUCGUUCGGAACCUUGUUCGCGCGCCGCCCUUCCGUGCUGUCGGUGCCGGUUCCGCUCAGCUCCGCGUCCAAGCAGGUUGAGGACCUUCUCAGUCGUGGUGUCAAGUGCCUGCUGGCUCGUGGUGCUCGGGACACCGUUUUGAGCCGAAACGGCUUUGCCCCAAUCCACCUCGUCUGCUACUCGGGUGACACUGUCCUCUUGAAGGCGUUUGUCGACGCCAAAGCCAACCUCGCCGUCAAGGGAUUCCACGAUCUGUCGCCGCUCCAUGUCGCCUGCAUUCUCGGUCACGCAGACGUCGUUCGGCUGCUUCUCGCCGCGAGCGUCAGCAUCAACGUAGCGGACACCAACGGAUUCACUCCGCUGCACUACGCAUGCCACGGUGGCUUUGAGUCCAUUGUGGAAAUGCUCAUCAACCGCACUGGCACCGACACCAACGCGCGCACCUCCAACGCAGACACCCCGUUGCAUCUUGCCGCAUACAUGAACCACCGCAAAAUUGUGCAUCUUCUCCUCGCCAAUACCUUUGCGCCAGCCGAUCCCAACACGCGAGACAAGGAGAGCCACACGCCACUGCACUACGCAUGUCGCCGUGGUUUCAUUCCCACCAUGGAGCUGCUGUUGGAGCCCAUCUGGAAGACUGACAUGCAUGCGCUGAAUAGCUACCGUGACACGCCUCUGCAUUGCGCGUGCUAUCACGGUCGGUUUGAGCUUGUCAAGCGCUAUCUACAGUAUGCUGGGGAACGAAGCAUCCAGAUGGAAAAUAUUUUCAGCGAAACGCCGUUGCAUGCCGCCUGCACGAGUGGUGCGUCGGUAGAGCUCGUCAAGUUCUUGCUAAUGCUCGAUCCAUCUCGAGUAAACUACCAAGGCAACGACGGACACACUGCGCUGCACAGCGCCUGCUGGAAUGGGCACUUGAAUGUCGUCACCGCGUUGCUCGAGCGAGGAGCUGACGUGCGCCUCAAGACCAAGGACGGCGCCACCCCAAUGAAGUGGGCGUACGACAAAGGCUACGACGAGCUCGUCGACGGCCUGCAGCGUCACUUCCGCGACAUUUUGAACGAGAAGGCCUCCGUGGGUCACCUCAACGGCAUUCACAACGGGAAUGGCAGUGCCAACGGCAACGGAGCCAGCUCUUCCAAUAGUGGGGCCAGCUCGGGCUUGAGCAGUGCCAGUGGCGGUGGCUCGAACAGCUUUACGUCCAUUUCGUUCGACGCGUACACGUUCUUUAGCAUGAUGCCUUCGGCCUCCUCUUCCUCGUCCUCGUCCAUUGAUGGCGAUAUCGAAGCCUAUACCAUUCCUUCGCCGUUGGGCAAAAUCCGGAAUGUGACUCGCGAAAAGGCCGAGAUCCUACAGCUCCGCGAGCUGCUCUCUCGGGACUUUCAGGUCGAAAUGCACGAGAUCGAGUUCCAGGAGAUGAUUGGAGCCGGCUCGUUUGGCAAAGUCUUCAAGGCCACGUACCGCAACCGCCUUGUCGCCGUCAAGCGCCUGCGUGGCAAAACCUUCCGAGCACGCUCAGACAUUGAGCUGUUUUGCCGCGAGGUCUCGAUUCUGUGCAAGCUCAACCAUCCGAACGUUGUCAAGUUUGUGGGCGCAUGCGUGUCGGAGCCAAGUCAAUUUUGCAUCAUCACCGAGUUUGUCAGCGGCGGCUCGCUCUACAAUGUGCUCCACGUGCAAACAACGCCCCUCGAUCUGCCGACGCGUGUAUCGAUCGCGCUUGAUGUGGCGCAUGGCAUGAACUACCUCCAUACGCUUCCCCGGCCAAUCAUUCAUCGAGACCUCAACAGCCACAACAUUUUGCUGAAUGAUCAUUUUCGUGCGGUCGUCUCUGAUUUUGGCGAGUCGCGCAUCGUCAAGAGCAACUACGACCUGGAUAACAUGACGAAACAGCCAGGGAACUUGCGAUGGAUGGCUCCCGAAGUGUUCACGCAAUGUACCAUCUACAGCGGCAAGGCAGAUCUGUUCAGCUAUGGUCUGACUCUCUGGGAAAUCAUUGCUGGCCAGCUUCCGUUUGCCGAUUUGAAGCCAGCCGCUGCGGCUGCUGAAAUUGCAUACCAUGGCCGCCGCCCACCCAUCGGAUUCAAGUUCCCAAAAGCAAUCAGUUGCCUGGUCCGGCACCUCUGGCGCACCGAACCAGACACCCGGCCGACUUUUGCCGAGGUGGUUCAAUGGCUGGAUGCGCAUCGUGACCGGCCAAACGACGUGCUGCCCUCGCAUCAUUUGUUUGAAAAGCUGGGACAGGACGACACAACGCCAGAAGCCACAGACAACCACGACCCGCAUUCCGCGCAGUCUCCGACCUCGUACGCUCAGGGCACGGUGCCAGUGACUGCUGCAGCCGUUGAGCAACGCUUUGCAAACAGCACCGACACCGCCACAUUGACAGCCAGCGGCAGCGGCUCGUCCACCGCCUCGAACGGCAGCAGCAGUUUGAGUCACAGCGGCUCGAACGGCGGCUCUGGCAGCAAUCAUUCCAUGGUCCCCGUCGUGGUCAAUGCCAACGGCUAUGUCACAAACGCCCCCAUGCCCUCGCGCUUUGUCGCGAGCAUGGUGCAAUCUGGUCCGUUUGGAGCCAGCGCAUCCGCGCCGCCGUCGUCGUCGAGCUCCCCGGCGUCGCACCCUGGCUUUGUUGGCGCAUUGCCCGUCUCUGCAGCCUUCUCGUCGGCUCAUGUUCCAACGCGCACGGUCGGAUCCAUGUCUGCACUCGCUUCGUCCGCUGGCAUUCGAGUACCGAUGGUUUCGGCGUCUCCACCCUCCAACAUUGCUGCCCACUAUGCAUCUUUGCAGACGCGACAGGCUCCGCAGGUUGGGCAGCUCGCACCCACACGUGUGAAUGGCGGAAUGUCGUCGCUGGCCAACAUGCCGCUGCUGUCGUCGUCUUCGCCGGCGUCCACGUCGUCCCCAGGCGCCAUGCCCUCGGGACCAGCUUCCGUGUUUGGACCUGCCGUCGCUGCAGCUCAAGGCACCCCCAAGGUCUUUUCGUACCUGCAGCAGCAGCAGCAGCAAACGGAGGUUGGCGCCAUAUCCGCCGCCCACCACCACCCCGCGACAAGGCCGACAACACAGCCCAACGUAUCGUUCGCAGAUCUGCCCCUGUCGGCACCUUCCCAGACUCCGGCUUCGCUGGACUCGGCCUCAUCGUCGCCGAGCACUGCACCGACUGUGAAGGCGGCAGUUCGACAGAUGGAAAAGCGGCUGUCGACCGGUGCUCCUGCAACGCCUGCUGCGAGUAGUAGUAGUAGCUCUCAUCCCGCUAGCACUCCCAAGUAAUAAUGGGCUUUUGGGGGGUGGGGAGCAUGGUAGCUUUGGUUUCGAUUUUGUCGCUCCAAUUUUUGUAUUUUGCUUUUGUUUUUCCAUAAUUCUUAAUUUUGAUUUGGUUUCGAG